AUGGCUAUGGCAGCGCACAAUGGCAAGAGCAUCGACACGCUGGCGGUCUACAGCGCUGCAUUGGUCAAGGAGCCCCCCCGCCCGGGGUCGGGCAGCUCGCUGAUUCUCUUUGCAGCGUCGUUGGUGGGGUUCCUGUGCUCGGCAAUGAAUGGCUACGAUGGCUCGCUGUACAACGCCAUGGCGGCAAACACUGCCUUCCUACGGUAUUUUGAUGGCUCGAAUACUGGCAUCUGGGCCGGCAUCAUGUCGUCCAUGUACCAGAUUGGAGGCAUCGCGGCCUUGCCGUUUGUGGGACCCGUCAACGAUAGUUUGGGCCGCCGCGCGGGCAUGUUCGCUGGAGCCGCAGUCGUCAUUGUCGGAACAGUUGUGUCAGCGACAGUAACGGCUGGAAAUGUCAGGCAGUUUCUAGGAGGCCGUUUCCUCUUGGGCUUCGGCGUUUCAAUCUCGUCAUCGGCAGGUCCAAUGUACACCGUUGAGGUAUCGCAUCCAGCUUAUCGCGGAAUUGUCACCGCACUGUUAAAUACAUUUUGGUUCAUAGGUUCCAUUCUCGCCAGUGGUACCGCCCGUGCCUGCGUACGCAUGGGGGGAACGGCCAGCUGGCGCGCUCCGCUUUGGAUGCAGCUGUUCUUUGCUGGCACGAUCUGUGCACUGGCGUUCUUUCUUCCCGAAUCUCCACGGUGGCUAUACGUGCACAAGAGACGAAUUCGGGCGCAGGAGAUGCUUGUGAAAUACCAUGGGCAGGGGAACCCGGAGAGCGAAUGGGUUAAGCUGCAGCUGAUGGAAUACGAGGCACACCUUGACAAGAACGGCGCGGACAAGCGCUGGUGGGAUUACCGGGUCUUGUUUCGAAACCGUGUAGCAAGAUAUCGGACAUUUUGCUGUUGCUGCGUUGCUGUUUUUGGGCAGUGGGCGGGAAAUGGUAACGGCGGAACUAAAGACUCGCCGGGCACCUCACCGGCUGCAGGGACGGCAACUCUGGUAUUCAUCUUCGCUUUCGGAGCGGCAUUUUCCAUUGGCUUUACACCCCUGCAGGCAUUAUAUCCGGUGGAGAUGUUGUCGUUUGAGAUGCGGGCGAAGGGAAUGGCAUUUCAAAGCCUAGUUGUCAAUGCCGCAAUGCUACUGAACCAAUUUGCCUGGCCGGUAUCGCUCGACAAGAUCGGAUGGCGGACGUACAUCAUUUUCUGUGUAUGGUGCGGUGUACAAGGGGUGAUCGUCUACCUGUUCAUUCCGGAGACGAAGAAUUGUACCCUGGAAGAGAUCGAUCUCAUCUUUGACUCGACCCACGCGGUCCAAACAUCUACCCAACCCCGCGAGGUAGCGGUGAGCGGCAGGAUGCUGCGGUCGGUGCCGAUCACCGACGGGAUGGAGGAGCGAAGGAGCAGCAUUAUUGGAAGCAAGCCAUAA